AUGCCAUUGUUGGAUGACAGGCUUAAGACACAAACCAUCCCUGUCAGAGAAACGAGCUCCAAGGCACCAUUGCAUCGUGUGUGGUGGAGGCACGAACUGAAGGAAAGUGGCUAUGGUAUGUUUUCUGAUCAAGAGUAUUACAAAGUUUACUUUAAGGUUCUUCUCUUGGAGGACAUAGUCACUGUUCUACAUGCUCCCAAUCCUAAGCGACCUUGCCAUGUCCAUUCGGUCACCUCUUCCAGCCAAAACACUAGUUCCCUCUCUAAAGCUCCCGGUUUUAACCAGAGUGACGUUGAUUCGACUAUCUCUUCUAUUCCCUUACUGCCGGACUUGCCUUUGUUCUCCUCGUCGCUCCCAUUGGCUGCUCCUUUGGUCGAUUGCUUGAUAAAGUCAUCCCCCCGAGCCGGUGAAACUUCUGGUGAUGAAUUCGAUCAGGAUCACUUCCUAAAUCUGCUUGAUGCAAAGUCUCUAAUGCAAGCUUUUGCAAGUGUGCCAUGGACCGUAUAUGCUACUCCCACCGAUUUGACAAUUUCUACCAACCAUGUUGAUGAUGGAGUUGUGUGUAUUAUGAUCCAUCGGGUUGGAGAAGAACUCAGGUCCCUCAAACUUGGUCGCAUUUCUCGCUCAGCUGGGCCUGGAUCUUUGCUUACAAGAUCUUGUCUUUCCCCAUUAUCUUUUAAUCAUGGUUUUGCUGGUGAUUCAGGUAAUACGACUAAUCCACUAGAGAAGUUAGGGUUAAUGAUGAGAAAUUGUCGCUUGAUCGAGCACCUGUUUGUAGAGCACUAUAUCAUAGAGGAGGAUAUGGGAUUUAGCUGCAAAGGCAGUCCACUCGAGACUCUAAUAUUGCGUGACUGCUAUGAUCUUAAGGAGGACAUAUACGGUUUAGUUUCUGAAAUGGGCAAGAAGACUUAUGAACCAAAAUUUCCAAUUGAGGAGAAAAAACAAAGACCAGGUUUCACAUUUGUAGCAAUUUUUGAAUCACUACCAUCAUCAUCUUCAAGGUUCAUCAAUUUGUUACUCUUAUCACCAACUGCAUUGCCUCUGAAGAUCCAAUAUGGUCCUGAGGAACCUAACUCAGCCAAGGGAUGCUUUCUUCUGGAAUCAGAAGAAACUGCGAUUUGUCUUUCAAAGAAGGAGGAAGUUGUGUUCUCCUGUUAA